AUGGAUGAUAAUGCCAUAGAUGAAUUUAUUAACGAAGUUUCUAUGUUAGACAAAUUCCGCAGUGAGUAUAUCGUCCACUUCUAUGGCGCCGUUUUCAUACCAAAUAAAGUGUGUACGGUAACCGAGUUUGCUCAAUUUGGAAGCUUACAGGACUUGAUGAAUCACAAAAAUUCAAAUGAAAUUGAUGUAAUACUUCGUGUUAAAACGAUGAAAGAUACUUCAAAAGGAAUAAUAUAUUUACAUAACAACGGAAUUUUACACAGAGAUAUCAAACCAGACAAUUUUUUGGUUGUUUCACUUGAUUUAAACAGCAAUGUGAAUGCAAAAUUGACUGAUUUUGGAAGUAGUAGAAAUGUUAAUAUGUUGAUGACUAACAUGACAUUCACCAAAGGUAUUGGUACAUCAAAGUACAUGGCGCCUGAAAUUUUAAAACAACAAAAGUACACAAAAAGUGCCGACAUCUAUUCAUUUGGAAUAACAUUGUACGAAGUGUUUGGAUGGUGUGAAGCUUAUCAACAUACGAAAUUUAAAUUUCCAUGGAAAAUAGCAGAAUUUGUAAUUAAAGGAAACCAUCUUAAAAUAAUUGAACAGAUUACUGAAGAACAAUACACUCUCAUUGAAAUGUGUUGGCGUUAUGACGAAAACAACAGAAUUUCAUCGUUUCAAAUUGAAGAUUGUCUUGAAAAAAUGAUGCAAUCAUUGAAUUAUACAAAUAAUUAA